GUUUGGCUCUUGUUAUGCUUAGAAAUGGGACCGCCUGCGAAGGCUCGCUUAGGCUGCGACAGGUCAAAGAAAUGGAAAACAACAGCUCCCGGCCCUUCCCUGAGGCGCACCGACGGUGCUACUGCGCCCUCUCUGCCGCCGCCUCCCUGGCACAGUCCCCCCCGACAGCAGCUGGGUCAGAUCCGCGGAGCAGCCCCUCACCUGCCCCUCUUCCACGGGCGACACGCGGAAGAGAGUGCCGAGCGACCCCAUCUGGUCACUGUUGUUCGACCCAGUCAGAGCGCACCACGAAAGGUGACGGUGCUUUUAAACCGCAGGGGCGUGGUCUCCUUUGAUCAACUCCUAUUGGACAUCUCGGAAGCGCUCGGGUUCCCUCGUUGGCAUCGAUCCAGAGUGACCCGCCUCUACACCGCUUUCGCCCGAGAGGUGAAGAGCGCUGGCGACUUCUUCCGCGGCGAAACAGCCCUCCUGGCGCUGGGUAAAGGCCGCCCCGAGCUGAGCAGUCUGCGGGAGGCACUGGAGGAGCUUUUCCCGGAGCAGUGCCGCUACCGGGCCGAGGCGCUGCUGGUCUGGGAGAAGAAGCUCCGACCAGCGCUGGAUAAAGCUGGCAAGGCGGACAGUGGCUACGGCGAGGCGGCAGAUGACAAGGAGCCUGCAAACGAGAGGCCGCCAUCGGAGGCAGAGAAGUCGAGUAAGGGUGUGUCCAGGAAAGCCGCUCACCUUCCCAACCAUCUGCAGAAGCUCAGAGUGAGGGGCGGGGUCUGUGAGGCAACGCCGUCUGCCAUUGGUCGAUUCCAACGGGAGCGAGAGACAGACUUUGCUCCUCUGUGUGAAAACUGCUUGGCGAGAAGAGUAAAGCCUCCGAAGUGGACCAAUCCGCUUUCAGAAAAGGCCCCACUGCCUCCCGUGUGCAGGAAACAAACAGCAAGUUCACCCCAAGGUGAGUGGAAGAAUCCUCCUGCGAUCUCGAGGGACUUCUCUGGGCUUUGCUCGGAGGGCAGCGAGGUCUCCGAGGCAGACGUGGCUCAUCUCUACGAGGUGGGGCGCCUCCUCGGGGACGGCAACUUUGCGGUGGUGCGCGAGUGCCGGCGCCGCGCCGAUGGGCGCGUGCUGGCCGUCAAGAUGGUGGAGUGCUCCCGCCUGCUGGGCCGGGAGCACAUGCUGCAGAACGAGCUGAGCCUGCUAGCCAGCCUGCGGCACCCGCGCAUCGUCAGGCUGCUGGACCACCACCGCACGCCCGCCAGGGCCUACCUGGUCAUGGAGCUGGCCGGCGGCGGCGACCUCUUCGAGGCCAUCGGCCAGCGUGGCAGCUUCGGCGAGGGCGAGGCCGCGCUCAUGGUGGCUGACGUGGGCGAGGCGCUCAAGUACAUCCACCGCAGGAGUGUGGUCCACCGAGACGUCAAACCGGAGAACCUGCUGAUCGUUCAAGCGGUUCCUGGCGUGACCAGACUAAAACUGGCCGACUUUGGUCUCGCCAUGGUCGUGACCGAGCCCGUCUUCACCAUCUGCGGCACGCCCACCUACGUGGCGCCCGAGAUUCUGUCCGAGACAGGAUAUGGUGUGGAGGUGGACAUGUGGGCGCUGGGUGUCAUUCUCUACAUCCUUCUGUGCGGCUUCGCCCCUUUUCGAAGUCGGGAUCGAGACCAGGAUGAACUGUUUGAGAUCAUCAAACAAGGGCAACUGCAUUUCCCACCCCCCUUUUGGGAUGCCAUCUCAGAAGAAGCCAAAGGCCUGGUCUCAGGCCUCAUCCAGCCAGACCCGGUCGCCAGGAUGACAGCAGAACGCACAUUGCAGCAUCCCUGGCUGAGGGCCAUGGCCACCGGCUGCCAGCCCAAGACACUGGAGAGUCACUGCAAGACCAGGAUGGAAGAAACAUCACCCAGACCAGCACUGCUAGACAGACAGAAGGUCCAGAAUACACUGAGGGAAGACCCAGAAACUGUUCUUCACUCAAGCAGCGGGCAGGCUUCAGACCAAAUUUGUUCAGAUGCUCAAUCGGGCAGAAACAAGCAGGCCAUUAAAACAAAAAGUCAAAUGUACUUUUAGUUUCAAUGCAGGUACACCCUCCCCCCUCUCAUUGGAGUAGGCUUAGACUUCGUUGUGAAACUUUUGUUUACUCACCUUGUAUUUCUCGUUGUAUCAUUCAUACAUAAUUAUACAGUAGAGGGUCUACCAGAACCAGUCAGACCACUUGCAGCUGAUUGCACAAGCAGCACAAUAUGCAAAUCAACAAACCACGAAAUCAUUUUUUGCUUGUUUAUUAAGUGGUUAGUAAUUAAACGUGGUCAUCAAAGCGC